AGAGCCAGAGCAGAAGAGACUACAUCUCCCGGGAAGCACCGCGCCCCGCAGACCAAUGGCGCCCCGAAUCACAAUCGCGGGGUGUCAUGGGAGCGGUAGUUCCGGGGCGGGCCCAACGUGCCCCGCGCCGCAGCGACCAAUGGGACCCUCAGGUCAUAAUCGCGAGUUGUGACGGGAGUUGUAGUUUCGGGACGCGCCUGAAGAGCCGCAGAGAGAGCUGGGAGCUAAGGGGUGGCGGCGACCGGAAGCGCAGUGCACGCCCCCAUGACCCGGGCUUUGGUCCAGCUGUGGGCCAUAUGCGUGCUGCGAGUGGCGCUGGCUACCGUCUAUUUCCAAGAGGAAUUUCUAGACGGAGAGCAUUGGAGAAACCGAUGGUUGCAGUCCACCAAUGACUCCCGAUUUGGGCAUUUUAGACUUUCGUCGGGGAAGUUUUAUGGUCAUAAAGAGAAAGAUAAAGGUCUGCAAACCACUCAGAAUGGCCGAUUCUAUGCCAUCUCUGCACGCUUCAAACCGUUCAGCAAUAAAGGGAAAACUCUGGUCAUUCAGUACACAGUAAAACAUGAGCAGAAGAUGGACUGUGGAGGGGGCUACAUUAAGGUCUUUCCUGCAGACAUUGACCAGAAGAACCUGAAUGGAAAAUCGCAGUACUAUAUUAUGUUUGGACCCGAUAUUUGUGGAUUUGAUAUCAAGAAAGUUCAUGUUAUUUUACAUUUCAAGAAUAAGUAUCACGAAAACAAGAAACUGAUCAGGUGUAAGGUUGAUGGCUUCACACACCUCUACACUCUAAUUUUAAGACCAGAUCUUUCUUACGAUGUGAAAAUUGAUGGUCAGUCAAUUGAAUCCGGCAGCAUAGAGUACGACUGGAACUUAACAUCACUCAAGAAGGAAACGUCCCCGGCAGAAUCGAAGGAUUGGGAACAGACUAAAGACAACAAAGCCCAGGACUGGGAGAAGCAUUUUCUGGACGCCAGCACCAGCAAGCAGAGCGACUGGAACGGUGAGCUGGAUGGGGACUGGCCAGCGCCGAUGCUCCAGAAGCCCCCGUACCAGGAUAGCCUGAAACCCGAAGGUAUUCAUAAAGACGUCUGGCUCCACCGUAAGAUGAAGAAUACUGACUAUUUGACGCAGUAUGACCUCUCAGAAUUUGAGAACAUUGGUGCCAUUGGCCUGGAGCUUUGGCAGGUGAGAUCUGGAACCAUUUUUGAUAACUUUCUGAUCACAGAUGAUGAAGAGUAUGCAGAUAAUUUUGGCAAGGCCACCUGGGGCGAAACCAAGGGUCCAGAAAGGGAGAUGGAUGCCAUACAGGCCAAGGAGGAAAUGAAGAAGGCCCGCGAGGAAGAGGAGGAAGAGCUGCUGUCGGGAAAAAUUAACAGGCACAAACAUUACUUCAAUCAAUUUCACAGAAGGAAUGAACUUUAGUGAUCCCCAUUGGAUAUAAGGAUGACUGGUGAAUGGUGGCUGAAUGAAUCAUAAAGCAUGCAGUGCUCAUCUGAGCGGCAGGAGGCACCCUGAAUCACUGAAGAUGCUGGAGCAGCUGCUUGUGAAACACCAGAUAGGAGGAGAUGGACAGGAGGCUGUGUCCCCACCCCUGAGAUUGCUGACCUUCUGACUUGCUUGCUGGGAACUGGUGCCAGGCCAGACACACUGUGCCACCAUCAUAGGAUGCCUGGUAAGGGGAGGCCAACCUUCCCUGAAGAAACCUUGUGUUGCUAUGGUCAAGUUGCCUGAUCGGACUUCCUUCUUCACUCUGUUUAUAGAAAUUGGCCCUGGAGGCGUACAUGUUGGGUGCCCAUAGCCAAUGGAAGGCAAUGUAUAUUUAUUUUUAUUUUAUUUAUUUUAUUUUUUGAGACGGGGUCUCGCUGUGUCACCCAGGCUGGAGCAUUUGAAUAAAUAAAUGCCCUGUAAUCCCAGCACUUUGGGAGGCCAAGGCAGGCAGACUGCUUGAGGUCAGGAGUUCAAGACCAGCCUGGCCAACAUGGUGGAACCCCAUCUCUAUUACAAAUACAAAAAUUUGGCCAGGCGAGGUGGCUCACAUCUGUAAUCCCAGCACUUUGGGAGGCUGAGGCAGGCGGAUCACCUGAGGUCAGGAGUUUGAGACCAGCCUGGCCAACAUGGUGAAACCCUGUCUCUACUAAAAAUACAAAAAUUAGCCAGGCGUGUUGGCAGGCGCCUGUAAUCCCAGCUACUAGGGAGGCUGAGAGAGGAGAAUUCCUUGAACCUGGGAGGUGGAGGUUGCAGUGAGUGGAAAUCAUGUCAUUGCAUUCUAGCCUGGGCGACAGAGCAAGACUCCGUCUCAAAAAUAAAACAAAAAUACAAAUACAAAAAUUAGCCAGGCAUGGUGGCGCCUGCCUGUAAUACCAGCUACUCAGGAGGCUGAGGUAUGAGAUCACCUGAACCUGAGAGGCGAGGUUGCGGUGAGCCGAGAUCGUGCCACUGCACUCCAGCCUGGAUGACAGAGUGAGAC